AAUACCCAAUAAUUCAUAAUUUCGCUUUUCUUAAUUCUUAAAACGAAGAAAUUUCUUUGACCUUAGCAUCUGCGCGUGAAAACCCUAAAUUUCCCAAUUUCCGAUCUUGCGUUUUAGGCUUCUCUGUUGUUCCUCAAAAUGACGGAUUCUCCUCGUAAAAGGAGUUCUUUGUCCCCCUCCCCAUUGAGGGAGCAGUCAAGGUCACGGUCCAGAUCUAGACCUAGGUCUAGGUCUAGAUCAAGAUCCCGCUCUUGGUCAAGGCCAAGGCGUAGGUCUAGGUCACAUAGUCGGGGCAGAUCAAGGUCAAGAAGUCGUGGCAGGGCUGAUGCUGGAAACCCUGGAAACACACUUUAUGUCACUGGUCUUUCUCAAAGGGUCACAGAUAGGGACCUUGAAGAGCACUUCUCGAAGGAGGGAAAGGUUGCAUCAUGUUUUCUCGUCGUUGAACCUCGUACUCGCAUAUCUCGUGGUUUUGCUUUUGUUACUAUGGACAAUGUCGAGGAUGCCAACCGCUGCAUUAAGUAUCUCAACCAAUCAAUUUUAGAGGGUCGAUACAUAACUGUAGAGAGGUCACGUAGGAAGCGCCCAAGAACUCCAACACCAGGGCACUAUCUUGGACUGAAAAAUACCAGGGACUAUGGUCGUGGUGACCGUGGCAGGUAUCGAGGUGGCCGUGAUGACUAUGGAUAUCGUCGAUCCCCAAGGCGCUCACCAUAUCGAGGUCGUGACUACUCUCCAAGGUAUUCUCCUCACGGUGGAAGAGCAAAGAGGGAGCGUUCUUAUUCUCGUGGUUCUCGGUGAAGCUUUUUAUUUGGUUUGGGCAACCUCUAAGAGGGGGGAAGUUAGGAGAGUUCGUUAAGUCUUUUUGAUGUUGAAUGUUGAUGUAAUAUCUAGUUUGGACGAGCAUCGAUGUUUGUGGUUGUUUUAGCAGUUUCUCAUCUCUAUUAAGCAUGUAGUUGUAUGUCAGUAUUGAAACUUGGUUGGACAGUAUAACAAUUGUCUUUGAUUGCGUACCUUGGUUUUAUGUGAAAAAUAUGAUUUUGAUU